GAUGAUGACGAACUUACAAUGGCGACCAUUUGGUGAAUGAAGCUGUGAGAAACAUUUAGCUUAGCUGGCCGUUUACUAAAACAUAGCUUCGAAGUUGCACUCUCAGUCUGGGUUGGAAGUAAAAUGACGAACCGGACGGCUUAUUUCUAUGAUCCAGAUGUUGGGAACUUUCACUAUGGUGCUGGACAUCCAAUGAAACCUCAUAGGUUGUCCUUAACCCACAGUCUGGUCUUGCAUUAUGGCUUAUAUAAGAAAAUGAUGGUUUUCAAACCAUACAAGGCAUCCCAACAUGAUAUGUGUCGUUUCCAUUCAGAAGACUAUAUUGAUUUUCUGCAGAAGGUCAGCCCAAACAACAUGCAAGGCUUCACAAAGAGCCUUAAUACCUUCAAUGUUGGAGAUGAUUGUCCUGUCUUUCCAGGGUUGUUUGAGUUUUGCUCCAGAUACACUGGUGCUUCGUUGCAAGGAGCAACUCAACUAAAUCAUAAGAUCUGUGACAUUGCUAUCAACUGGGCUGGAGGUUUACAUCAUGCUAAGAAGUUUGAGGCUUCUGGAUUUUGUUAUGUGAAUGACAUUGUCAUCAGCAUACUUGAACUGCUAAAGUACCACCCACGUGUGCUGUACAUCGACAUUGAUAUUCAUCAUGGUGAUGGAGUUCAGGAAGCUUUUUAUCUUACAGAUCGGGUCAUGACCGUGUCCUUCCAUAAGUAUGGGAACUAUUUUUUUCCAGGGACAGGUGACAUGUAUGAAGUUGGUGCAGAGAGUGGUCGCUACUACUGCCUGAAUGUGCCUCUCCGUGAUGGGAUUGAUGACCAGAGCUACAGACAAUUGUUUCAGCCUGUGAUCAAGCAAGUAGUUGACUUCUAUCAGCCAACCUGUAUUGUGCUUCAGUGUGGAGCAGACUCACUGGGCUGUGACAGACUGGGAUGCUUCAAUCUCAGUAUACGAGGUCAUGGGGAAUGUGUGGAGUUUGUGAAGAGUUUCAAGAUCCCCCUGCUUGUGCUGGGUGGAGGAGGGUACACUGUACGCAACGUGGCUAGAUGUUGGACAUAUGAAACAUCUUUGCUAGUUGAAGAGUCCAUUAGUGACGAACUACCUUAUAGUGAGUACUUUGAAUAUUUUGCACCUGAUUUCACACUUCAUCCAGAUGUCAGCACAAGGAUUGAGAACCAAAACUCCAGACAGUACUUGGAACAGAUUCGUCAGACUGUCUUUGAGAAUUUGAAGAUGCUAAACCAUGCACCAAGUGUUCAGAUCCAUGACGUUCCCUCAGACCUGCUGAGCUAUGAGCGCACAGAUGAUGCUGAUCCUGAUGAAAGAGGUUCAGAAGAGAACUAUUCCAGGCCUGAGGCAGCAAAUGAAUUUUAUGACGGCGAUCAUGACAAUGACAAAGAGAGUGAUGUGGAAAUCUGACCCUCCAGCCAGUGGAAAUCCUCCACAUUUCUUCUAAAAAUUGGACUUUGUUUACUAAAAGCUGACUUGCCAUGUAAUUGAGCAAAAGCCAUCUCGAAGUACUUUUUUGUUGGUUAUUGUACUGUAAAUGCAUAGUAUUUUAACAUAGGACACUCGCCUGUGUAGCAUUUUCAGACUUGAAAAUGUUUCUUGUGUAUUAUUGUUUUAGCUUUCUUAAAUAGUUACUUUCUUUUGUAUUAUUUGCAGUAAACUUGUAAAACUAUGAACUGGUCACAAAAGUCUUUCCUAGUGAAAUAAGAUGCUUCACAAUGGAUCUUCUUCCAAAACAAGUCAGUUCUUUCAGCCUAUGCUGUGUAACACUUGAAAUAACACAUUAUGGUGUCUUCUUUGACAUAUGUAAAUGUUAGAGCUGGAAUUAUACAUAUUGCUUGUUAAAGUAUGGACUAAUAACAGAUGAAAAUCA